AUGAACCGUCGUCCACCCCAAACUUCACAACAAAGAUUUCCUAUACCUCCUGUUAGACAAAACUUACCCCCUAAACCAAGUUAUAAUUAUAAACCCCAAUAUUAUUCGAAUCAACAACCUGACUUUUCAUCAAGACAUUUUCCAUUAUCUCAACCUUCUUCACGACAAAUCCAGCCACCUAUAAGACCUCCCUAUGACCAACCUAAACCAUUGUUACCUACUAGAAGACCAGUGAACCAACAACCCAGACCAUACCCAAACGACAAGGAACGAUUUGAACCUGAACCAAUGGAUACCUCUAGUACCACAAUAACCAAAUAUCAGAACCUCCCUCACAAUAUUCAACAUUAUUGCCAUGAAUAUGAACCACAAGCCGAAAGUUACAAUUUCGGAGAAUAUCAAUAUCCAAAUUAUCCAACAGAUCCUGACUACCUAGAACAACCCGAGGAGUACCUUCAGCAAACUACUCCAGAUACCGCACUCGAAAAUUUUCGGAUAAGAGCCUCGAAUUUAAACCCGGAAAAAUAA